UAGUAAAGUGGCAUUAACACGCGCAAGGCAUUUGAUUCGUGUAAACAUCUAUAAAACGGUGUAUACAAAAUAAAAUAAAUAAAAUCUGUACCAUUAUUCGUCAGCUUUGCCGGUCAAAGCCAUGAAGCUGUUUUUGUUAGCCGCUUUCUUUGCCGUUGCUUUGGCAUCCGAAUCAAAAAUCUGCCCGUGCCGUCAGGAUGGUUCCACUGCACAGGAAGGUUCGAGGGAGGAAUCAACCGAACAGCUCGGCGAUCACACGCCGGAGGACCGCGAAGUUCUGUCGGAGAGUGAAAAAAUUUCCGACCAGGUCUACGAGUUGGUGCCAUUUUUCAAACGACUGCUUCGCGACCACUUGUCGAAACACAAAAUCCCCGUGUCGGACGAGCUGCGCAGCGAACUGGGCGACAGGGAGAGCAGGCCGUCGAAAAAGCUGAAUAAACUGAUCACCCGCCGACGUUGCGGCAAAAACCACCGGGGAAGAAUCCACCGGUCCGAGGAUGAGGAUGAAACCAACGUGGACUCCCAUUUGUCCGGUGAAACCAAGCGCGGAAGAAAAUCUCACCACGAGCACCACGGAGAGGCCGACAAGUCCGGAAGGGGGAGGAGGCGACGAGAAACAAAGUCAAGCAGGCGUCACCAUCGUGGCCAUGGUGCACGCGAGGCAUCGAUCGAGGGCGAACGCGAGGAGGUAUCGUGGUCCACGUCUUAUUCCGGCGGUAAAAGAGCCAAAGGGGGUGACUACGAGCGAGUCACCGUGUACGAGCUGAUCGCUAUACCCGUUGGAGUAAAGCUGGUGAAGAAAAACAGCACCCAGUCAAAAAACCACAGCAGACAGGGAACGACGUCACCUCUCAUUGGUCAAAGAAUGGGUAUACGCGCGUCAAAUGAAACUACUGGGAACUCGAGUACAACCACGACCACGUCUACUUUGGGGAAGAUUCUCGCUCCACUGAAAGACAAAGCCGUGGCAAUAAAUACAAAUGCGACCGAAAGAGCCGUACAGCCAACUACUGAUUCCACUAACGAAGAUAACACAACAAUGGAACAUUCGAUAGGAAUAACCGGAUCACCUCUGAAUUAACCCGUAGGUAUAUAUAAUUUCCAAAAAUUGUGGAACAAGUAUAUACACGAUUAGUUUCAUCAGUGGUUGAUUCCGAUGUAUGUAUUCCGUAAAAUGUAGUAUAGUAACACUGUAGCGAGUUAAUCUUGAAUAAAGAUACAGCAUUGAAAAAGAAAAAGAAAAAAAAAA